GUCUGAGAGUUUCCAUUCGGUGUUCCAUAUGCUGAGAUCCAAAUGCUGCCCAUACUUUUACAUAUGUGGAUGUCAGUUUACUGUGUUAUUCAGAGCUGCUGGUGUUGGUGGAAACCCCCAAAUAUCUGCCCUUAUAUCACCCACAACAAGAGGACUGCGAGAAGCUCUCAAAAGUGAAGGAAUAGACUUCAAGAUGCCUUUGUCAACAGGCAGUGGACAGAGUCCCAUUCAUAAUGAUGAGAAUAGAGAGAACAGAAAUUCAGUGUCAAAUCAAGAUAUGAAUGGAUCUAUCACGGUAAAUCAUGCAGAUGAAGUUGACAG